GAGCGCUGAGGGCCGGUCCCACAGAGCCGCGGCCAUGGCAGGCAAGGGGACCAGGGGGUUUCUGCCGCCCUUCAAGCACUUCGCCACCAGCGCCAUCCACGCCGGCCAGGAGCCCGAGCAGUGGCGCUCCGGGGCCGUGGUGCCGCCCAUCUCGCUCUCCACCACCUUCAAGCAGCGGGCGCCCGGCGAGCACGCGGGUUAUGACUACAGCAGGUCUGGGAACCCCACCCGGGAUUGCCUGGAAAAGGCUGUGGCCGCCCUCGAUGGAGCCAAAUGCUGCUUGGCUUAUUCCUCUGGCUUAGGAGCUAUUCUGAACAUCUGUCACCUGCUGAAGACAGGGGACACAAUUAUCUGCAUGGAUGAUGUCUAUGGAGGCACAAACAGAUAUUUCAAGCGAAUAGCCUCAGAAAAUAAUUUGAAAGUAACUUUUGUUGACUUCACAAAACCAGAAUGCCUGGAAGCUGCAAUCACUCCAGAGACCAAGCUGGUUUGGCUCGAGACCCCCACGAACCCCAUGCUGAAGGUGAUCGACAUCCGCGCCUGCGCAGACGUGGUGCACAGGUACCCGGGGGUGCUGCUGGCCGUGGACAACAGCUUCAUGUCUUCCUACUUCCAGCGUCCUUUGUCCCUGGGGGCUGAUAUUUGUAUGACUUCUGCAACCAAAUACAUCAACGGGCACAGCGAUGUUCUCAUGGGCCUGGUCUCUGUAAACCGGGAUGAUCUCUACGAGAGGCUGAAAUUCCUGCAGUACUCCCUGGGAGCUGUCCCCUCCCCCUUUGACUGUUUCCUCUGCAACCGGGGGCUCAAGACUCUGCACAUCCGCAUGAAGCUGCACUUCCAGAACGGCCUGGCUGUGGCCAAGUUCCUGGAAUGCCAUCCCCAGGUGGAGAAGGUCAUUUACCCAGGGCUGCCUUCCCACCCCCAGUACGAGGUGAUGCAGAAGCAAUGCACGGGCUGUCCUGGGAUGGUCACCUUCUACGUCAAAGGGAACAUCAAAAAUGCCUCUGCCUUCCUCAAGCACCUGAAGGUGUUUACCCUGGCUGAGAGUCUGGGUGGCUACGAGAGCCUGGCAGAGCAUCCGGCCAUCAUGACCCACGCCUCAGUGCCUGAGGAGGAAAGGAAAGCUCUGGGAAUCACAGACACCUUGAUCCGCCUCUCGGUGGGGCUGGAGGAUGAGGACGAUUUGCUGGCAGACCUGGACCAGGCCCUGAAGGCUGCGUUUGCAUAAACCCUGAGGGUCAAAAAGGAACUUGGAACUGGACAUGGCUGUGGACGAGGACACGGAAAACCAAACCACUCUUGCUUUGCCUUUGCUUUUGGGAAUUCCAGCCUGGAUUGCCGGGACUCUCCCGUGCUGCUGUUGGGUUGCUCUCCCUGGCUGGGCAGGGACUGUGCUGGGCACAGCCUGGGCUCUCCCUGGAAUGUCUGGAGCCAGGAGCUGUGUGGGAGCAGCCAUGGGCACCCCGGGCAUGUGCUCCCUGCUCUCCAGCAGAGCUCAGGGCUUCUCCUGCUGCUGCUGCAGGGUUUGGGGCACAGGGGCUGGUUCCUGGUACUGCUCUCAGUUCCUUCUCUUCUCACCCAUCAGCUCAGCGCAAAAACUUGAUUGACCUCAGAUUUAUUUUCAUUCAGUUUAAUUUAAUUUAAUUCAGUUGGAGAUUUGCUUAAAACCUUUUCCUUCUCUUGAUGUUUUAUUGAAAAUGAAGUCCAACAGCUGGUAAAUAAUAACUAAGGAGGAAUCUCUUUUUUAAGAAAAAAAUCAUGUGCUGUCAUGGGAAUUAUUGGAAUUAUUUUAAUAAAAAU